AAAUCCACCCCAUCCCAUUACUACCAUUUAGCAUUAGAUCACUCUUUAUUUACUUCUUCCUUUCCCUUCUCGUGGGCUGCCUCCUCACUCUUCCUCCCCUCUGCUCUGUUCUCCUCUCCUCUCCUCUGCUUUGCCGGUGGUUGUAGCUCCGAACCUCACAAGCCACCCGAAACCCAAACCCGCAAGCCACAUUGCUAAUAUAGAUUUAGCAGCAGGGCGAGGGGAGUGGCGGAGGAGGCGCGAUGAAGGGCGGCGGCGGCGGCGGCGGCAAGAGUGGCGGUGAUCAGUCCUUGCUCACUCUCGCUGGGGAGCUGCUCAACGCUGGCGUCAGCUUCCUCGUCUUCUCCUUCCUCGACGUCCUCGACGUCGUCCUCUGCCUCGUCUACAAGCUCAUAGACUACUUCAUCGAAGCUGAGUGGAAGCCCUGCUACUGCUGCAGCUCUUACGCCGGAGGCAUGGUCGCUGGCGGCGGUAGCAGCUUCCUCUUGUCCGUCAACAGAGGUCCCAAAGUGGUCCGCCUCUGCUCCGCCAAGCUCCAACUCGAGGACGUCUCCGACACGCUCUACUCCCGCCCCUCCCGCGUCUCCGAGUUUUCCCGCAAGGCAGCCGUCGCCGUCGCCGCGAACACCAGCAUGUCGGUAAAAUCGCCAGCGCCGCCGGCCGCCUCCUUCGCCGUCAGCGCCAACGUGAUAGAGAUGCUCCGGGGGAAAAUCGACGGCCGACGGCAUCGGCGGCCCCAGCCCAUUCCGCUCUGGUCCGACUGCGACUGCAAGGUCUGCAACUCCUGGAGCAGCUCCUCCUCCUCCGGGGGCGAAUCCCGGCUCUACGUCCACACCGACGGCCCUGGAGACGGCCGGCGGGGGACGACGUCCACCGACGUGCUGUUCAUCCACGGUUUUAUUUCCUCCUCCACGUUCUGGACCGAGACGGUGUUCCAGGAGUUCACCGAGGAGACGCGGUCGCGUCACCGGCUCUUCGCCGUCGACCUGCUCGGCUUCGGUCGGAGCCCCAAGCCGGCGGACUCCCUCUACACUCUGCGAGAGCACAUCGACAUGAUCGAGAAGUCGGUGCUGCAGGUCCACGACAUCAAAUCCUUCCACAUUGUCGCCCACUCUCUCGGCUGCAUCAUCGCGCUCGCCCUCGCCGUCCGCCACCCCGAAGCCGUCAAGUCCCUCACCUUGCUCUCGCCGCCAUACUUUCCGGUGCCGAGAGGGGAGGAGCCGACGCAGUUCGUAAUGCGGCAGGUGGCGCCCCGCCGGGUGUGGCCGGCGAUCGCCUUCGGCGCCUCCAUGGCAUGCUGGUACGAGCACGUGAGCAGGACAAUUUGCCUGCUCAUCUGCAAGAACCACCGGAUUUGGGACUUCCUCUUCAAAUUCUUCACCCGAAACCGGAUUCGGACGUUCAUGAUCGAGGUGUUCAUGUGCCACACGCACAACGCAGCGUGGCACACGCUGCACAACGUCAUCUGCGCGAGCGCGGAGAAGAUGGAGAGCUACCUGGAGACGGUGCGGGAGAAGCUGAGCUGCGACGUCCGGGUCUUCCACGGUGACGGCGACGAGCUCCUCCCCGUCGAGUGCAGCUACGACCUGGCGGCCAAAGUCCCCCGCGCCCGGGUCAAGGUCUUCCAGAAGAAGGACCACGUCACUAUCCUCGUCGGUCAGCAGAGGGCCUUCGCCAGAGAGCUGGAGCAGAUUUGGAGGGACAACGAUUGAUUAAUCCAUUGAGGUGGAGAAAGAAGAAGAAGUACACGGCCGAAACAGGGGCCGCGUCUCGUCUGAAUUAUAUUAAUUUUCUCUGCUCAUAGGAAUUAAUUAAUCGAUUAAUACUGAUUAAAUCCUCUUCUUGAUUCUGCAUUUUAAUUCUUCUCUUCCACUCCUGUUAAUUAGAUCUGGAAGGGGGAAUAGUGUCGAUACUUGGGGCCGGGGCUUGCUCUGCCGGUGAAGUCUACGAAAAGUUAAUACAAUAUAUAAGCAAAUUAAUGUUACAGUUGUGAA